AUGCGAUCUACAGUGCUUCUGGCUGGUGCUAUGUGUGGCCUGUCCGCUGCCAACCCUCACCCAUGGAUGUAUGGCGUACCCGAAUAUCCUGAUCUGGAUAUGAACGAGGUUAUGACGCAGGCAGAUGUCGACAUAAUGAUGGCUGUUGGUGAGAUCAGCGCGGCAUCUGACAGUAUGGUGAACACUCAAAGCUCCACGGCCCCGUCAUCAGCAGCAUCGGGACAAGAACCAUGUGCGGUCGUUGGCAAAGCCCUCGCUGCACUACCCUCUGGAGCCCGGCCUAUUGUCCCUGCACAACUUGGUCUACAAUGUCUGCAGUCGGUUCCCAUUGAUCAGCCAGGAAACGUACAGCUGAUCGACGAUCUCAAGUUGGUGGUCAAAUGGCAAUCCAAUCUUGCCUUCCUAAAAAAACCACCCGCGACAUAUACUGAGCAGCCUGUCGACAUCAUGGGACAACUCGACAACAUGAAGACCCGAGUUGCGACUGGAGGUUUCGCCACCGAAUACGAUUUUCAGCUGGCGAUGAUGGACCUCUUCACCAGCGCCUAUGACAACCACUUUGCCUAUCAACCGGACAUUCUGGCUUCGGUAAUGCAGUUCCAAAGGCCACCUGGCUCGGAGCUGGUAUCUAUUUCGUCUGAUGGUGUGGCCUUGCCAGAAAUCUACGCAUAUAGGGAUGUCCUAAAAGCGAACAAUGCCUCUUCCUUCACACCAUCAGCUAUCAAGAAAAUCAACGGCAUGGACACCAAGGAGUACCUUGCGAAUGUGUCUUCUACUUCCGACUUUCACGACGCUGAUACUCGAUGGAAUGCGUUGUUUCCUUCUCAAGCUCUGCUUGCUUCUGGCACCACUUUUCUUGGUUCUUUCCGUACUGGCCGAUACCAAGGCCCUAAUACCACUUUUGAAUUUGCAAAUGGCACAGUUUGGUCCCAGAUGAACGUUGCUGUAGUCAUCAAAAACUUCACUGGCGUCGACAGUGGCAGUGCAUUCUUCCAAAAGUUUUGCAGUGGACCUCAACCUCCAUCUGCAGCUCCAGCUCCAGCACCUCCUAGCAACAACACGACCCCUUCAACUCCCGCAAAUGCUCCUAAACCUUCGCAUAUUGGAUACCCAAAAGCUGAGUUGAUAAACUCUGACCUCGCUGUCGGAGGUUACUUUCUUGACGGCUCGGCAUAUCAGGAUGUCGCUGUUCUCAGCAUCCCAUCUUACCAGGCCCAAAGUCCCCAAGCAUUCCAAAAUACUAUGCGUAACUUCAUUCGCAUGUCCAGGCAACUUGGCAAGACAAAGAUGAUUUUUGACCUGCGCGGCAAUGGCGGAGGCAACGCAAUCCUGGGCUACGACACCUUCAAGCAAGUCUAUCCACAAGCAGUAGCUGAGCCAUACGGUGGAACACGGUACCGUGCCAAUGAAGCCCUGAACAUCGCUGGAAACAUCACCUCCUCCUUCCUGGCCAACACCACGUAUGCACAAAACAACCGAACCGCCUUUACCGAAGCCCUUGGUGCAGACGCGACGGACAGCGACAUCUUCGCCCUGUCGGCGCCGUUUAACUACCAACACACGCUGGACAUAGAUAACAAAGCUAUUCCCAGCUGGCUGGAUUUGUUUGGUCCAGUCGACAUCAAGGAUGACAAGUUCACGCCCAUCCUACGUUACAACUUCAGCGACAGCGUAAGCACGUCGUACACUGGCUUCAGCGUCAUUGGCUACGGCGAAAAUGCAAAUGAAACAAGUAUGCCGCAGCCAUUCCGCGCAGAGGAUAUGGUGAUGCUGCACGACGGCAUGUGCUCGUCUACAUGCGCUAUUGUCUCUGAGCUGCUCAAGAACCAGGGCUCCGUCCGCACAAUCGCCGUGGGAGGCAGACCGCAAUUGGGCCCCAUGCAGGGCGUCGGCGGCACAAAGGGUGCACAAGUAUUCGCCUGGGACGACAUUAUUGUCCGCAUGCAGGCUCUAUAUGCCUUGGGCUCGCCUGGCCAGCAGAAGCAAUGGGAUGGCAUGGACAUUGGCAAGACAGCAGCCGUCGAGCAGCUCCUUAAGCGCUCUGCGUACAAUGGAGGUCAGGUUGCAGGCGGCGUCAAUCUCAAAGACAACAUGAGGCUCAACGACAAGUCGGGUGUGCCGCUGGAGUUCAUCUACGAAGCUGCAGACUGCAGAAUGUGGUUUACGCCCAGGAUGAUUACAGAUGUCACCCAGGUUUGGAAGGGUGUGGCAGAUCGCAUGUUCAUGGGAAAUGGAACUUCGCUUUGCAUACAGGACAGUACUACCAAUCCAAGUAGCGUGUCUGGAGGUGGGCAGUUGAACGGUGGAGAUGGGAGUGCAACGGCCAAGAGUUCCAGCCAGUUCACUGGCAAGGGAGUCAUGGAGGGUGAAGCGAGCCACAUGGGAACGCAGGUUUGGUUCAUGAGCCUUGCGGUUGCGACAGUUGUGAUGAGCGUUCUAGUAUAG